AAGCAUGCUGUCAGUUAUUUUCUCAGCUGCAUUCUCGGUGUAUGUAGAAACGCUCUGUGCCAUAAAAGAGGCACGCGAUUUGUCGGCACAGUUACAUGUAACAUUCUCCCCCCCCGGUAUGACGCUCUCAGUGGCUUACCUACGUUGUGCCGACGUCUAAAAUAGCUAUAUUUACCGCAGGUCUCUCUAUCAUCCCACUCUCAGUCUGUACGGUCACGCGCCGUACCUGAUUGUCGGCCGUUCGGCACACCUUCACAAUGCGUCUUCUAGGCCAGCAGUUUCGUGGGUUGUUGGAGUCCGCUAUCAAUACUAAAUCGCCCUCAGCUAUUGGUUUCGUAGGCUGGUGCCAUUUUGUCCGUCUCGUCAAUGUUGGAUUUACGCAUCAAAGGGAUCGAAUCGUCAAACGGCAACAGUGGCUUACUUCCAUUUGAGCUGCCUAAAAUGAAGUGAUUUGGUGUUAUUGGGGACUCGGAUUCAUUUUCUAACGGAAUGUCUGUCAAGGGUCGCGAAUUCACAAUCAACUGUACUUCACUCAACCUAGCCCGGAGCAGCUCGUCGGUAGGGUGAUGGGGAAGAUCGAAGGAGGAAAGCGUCUUUUUUAUCGAUUGGAUGAGUCAUUCCCAUGACCCACCAAAAUGCGGUGCGGCAGGUGGGUUAAACACCCAUCUCGUCCCAGGCUGUACAAAUUCUGCCAUCAUACGUUCUGCAUCAAUCAGCGCCGCUGCUUCCUUGAGCUCUCGCGAUGCACCUACAAAGUUAGUGCCCCGGUCACUAAUGAACUCCAACGGCAUUCCCUUCCGCGCUGUGAAGUUGCGGAUAGCAAAAAUGCAAGAGUCCGUACGUAGAGAGGCUAUGCGCAACCUCGAUGUGAAUUCCUCUGGUGGUGAGACAGGUGAAAAUCACUCCCCACCGUUUUUCGGUUUGUCUUCCGACUGCGACUACCAUCGGUCCGAAAUAGUCAACACCCGUGUACGAGAAGGGAUGUUGAAACGCAGCUAGCCGUUGGUGCGGGAGAUCUCCCAUUGCAGGAUUCUGUGGUGUGGCACGUCGCUCUUUGCAGUAUUGACAACAGCGUCUUACUGGGUUAUAAGUGGCUUUAAGUUGUGGAACAUGGUAUUUGAGUCUUAUUUCGUUAAUCGCCGUUUGAUGGUUGGCAUGUCGAUAUUUGUGAUGGUACCAACUAAUCAGCAGGCCGGUUGCAUAAUGCUGAUUUGGGAUGAUAACUGGUCGCUUGGUAUCAUCGCCAACCCAUACGCAUUUAUCAAUCCUCCCUCUCAUACGCAGCACUCCUUGUUUGUCGAUUAACGGGCUCAGUUUGUACAACGGACUUGCUUUGUUAAGUGGCUGUUUCCACGGAUGUAUUUGUAGCUCACUAUUAUCGAGUAAUCUUAUAUCAUCCUCAUAGUGAUCUUUCUGUACUUGCUUGUAAAUUGCGUAUUCAGCUCGUUCCAAUUCAUCAUGCGUUAGCGCUCCUUGCUGCUUAGUCCUUUCUUUUCGGCAGUUAUUAAAGAAGCGGUAAACAUACGCAACAGCCCUUACCAUUCUUUGCCAUUUAGAAAAUCGAGUGAACUCGAUAGUCGAAGUGUUAAUCGAGUGAUGAAGCAAAGUAUGGCGCAUUUCUUCAUCUGUCUCUCCUGCUUGAUUUUUAUUGUUUGGCCACUCACUGACAGACUCCCAUAAAAAGUCAGGGCCACGGAACCAUCUGCUAGUCGGGCUGAGUUCCAGUACUUUCUGCCAUUUCGUGCCUUCAUCGGCAAUGUUUCCCUUAGUGGAUACCCAAUUCCAGUCACUAGCAUUCGUGGUCUCGACGAUCUCGCAAACUCGUACGGCCACAAACUGGCUGUAUCUUCUACCCCAGCCGCAAAAUCGGGUUUUCGCCGCGAUUUUCGACCAAGCGAAAAUAAAAAUUAUGCCAUUUGUAUGGGGCGAACUCACACACACGAAUUAUGGUUGUUGAUUAUGGGUGGGAAGAUUAUGGUUAUGACUUCUGUUUCACUCUCGCUCACAGGCGAUGAUAUUCUGUCGCAUUCUCACAAUACUACCGGCUCAAAGCUUUGGUUGUUGCUGCUCUUUCUCGCACGUGUGGGAGUUUUCUUUCUCCUUGUUUUUCCUGUGGGUGGUAUUGGCUACGAACGAUCAUCAUCCUCACGAUUCGGUUGAUUCCAAGGGGAAAAUUUUAGUAGCAAGCAGGUGAUCAAAGUAUCUUGAGUUAGAUUAACGAGUGCAAAUUUAAAAGUAUCCAUUGUUACCAUGGCGACAAAGAGAUGGCGCAAUACAGGCGGUUUGUACUACAACCGCAACAAAAGGAUGCGUGCGUUUGAUGCCGAAUGGGAAAACGAGCUGCGUAAGGAUAACGCUCGUCCUUCGACAUCGGCCCACAUUCCAUCGUUUGAUGCAUCGCUAACUGCGGAUGAAACUUUGCCAGAAAGCGUGCCACAGGAAUCGCAAGAAAGUGAUGAAAGCAUUCCUGUGGAUGCCCAUGAGGCUGAUGAAGAAAGUGAUGAUAAAGCAGAUAGUUUCAACGAAGAUGAUCCCUUCAGCGACAUAAACGACGACAGUGACUGGAGUGACGACGAAGGCCUGAAUAUCAGGAAUGUCCAGUUUCAGGAGAAGCUUAGGCAUUGGGCACUUUCGUCUAAUAUUUCGCAUUAUGCCGUGGGUUCGCUUCUCUCUUUGCUUAAAGAGGAAACUAAAUUCAAACUGCCGAAGGAUCCAAGGACUUUAUUAAAAACACCGACUGCUACGUCUAUCGACAUCAAAAACAUCGCAGGAGGCCAAUUUUGGUACAACGGCGUAGCGAAUUGUCUCAAAUCAUACUUCACCACCAUGCAACCUGGCCCUUCUACACUUUGGUUGGAUUUUUCGAUGGACGGAUUGCCCAUACACAACAGCGGGCCUACACAAUUAUGGCCAAUUCUAAUGCGCGUGACCGAUCUACCCCAGGCACCUGUGUUUGUUGUUGCUCUAUUUUGUGGGAAAACCAAACCGGCGAGUGCCGAGGACUAUCUUCGGCAGCUGGUUGCAGAACUGAACCGAUUGCAGUCAGCGGGCGUGACGCUGGGUGGGAAGAAGGUAACCAUACGUGUACGCGCCAUCAUCGCCGACACUCCCGCACGUGCUUUCAUCAAAGGCGCAAUUGCUCAUACCGGCUACGAUUCCUGCCUUAAGUGCACAGAGCACACUGUGUAUGACCGUAGCACGCAUCGGAUGCACUUCUCGGGAGUAGAUGCACCCAAGAGAACCGCCAAAAAUUUCAAGGCAGGAAGGUAUAACAGCCAUAGCAAAAACUCCACCCCACUCAUUGCCCUGACAUAUUUUGAUAUAAUCGAUGAUGUACCCACUACCGAUCGACUUCAUCUUAUCGAUCUAGGAGUGAUGCGAUUUUUGAUGAGAUCGUGGAAAAAAGGCACUUUUGGGAAAAAUUACAAGUGGACGCUGGAUGAUAUAAGCUUUAUAUCAAGCAUAAUGGAAACGGUAAAGCUGCCUUUGGAAGUGCCACGAAAGCUGCGCAGCUUGAAAUAUCUUCAAUUUUGGAAAGGUGCCGAAUUUAAGAAUUUCUUGCACUACCCCAGCAUCGUGGCACUGAAGCAUACGCUUCCAGAAGCAGCGUAUGAACAUUUCAAAUUGUUCUUCUGCGCCGUGACCAUUUUUUCAUCCCCAGCUCAUAAACAGCACUAUGAGUUGGCACAUGAAAUGCUGCUCAAAUUUGUACGGAGCUAUGCAACGCUCUACGGCGAUUGUUUCGUUACAAGUAAUGUGCACAAUCUUAAACAUAUUUAUGAAGAUGUAUGUAGAUUUGGUUCGUUGGAUGAGUAUUCCACAUACAUUUAUGAAAGUGCACUAUACCUUAUAAAGCAUAUGAUACGUACAGGAAACAACAUCAUGCCACAAGUUAUUAAUCGCAUCAAAGAGCUUGCUAGAAUGGUUAACGAGCUCAACUCGGCUUCUCAACAGGAUUCCCACCAGUGUCCUGUUAUAUUAAACAAGGCAAGUGGAGUAACCCUACAAGUUAGGAGCAAUUUUAUGCUCAGAAAGGGAGACCGCGAUGGAUGGUUCAUGUUAAAAAACAACCUCAUCAUGAAGUUUGCCGGUGCAGUUCAGACCUCUGAUGGAAUUACUGUGCAUGGUCAAUAUUUUGUAAAGCAACAUUCCUUUUUCAUGGAACCGUGCGACUCAGCACUGUUGCAUAUAUUUUGCACCAAAAUGAAUGACCUAACUCAUACAUGCCACGAGGUUUCCUUGGACGAUAUUAAAUGUAAGCUAGUGACAAUUGAUGUAGAUGAAGGAGAAAGCAAAGUGGUCAUACCACUCCUUCACACUUUGGUCAAUUAGUUAUAGUUUAGAGUAAAGGCUACUGUACUACUACUAC